AGCGAUCAUAAUGGUGAACAAUAUGGAUCACGGUUUGCCCAAGUUUUCUCUUCUAGGUUAUGAUGAUUGAAAGAUCAUGAUGGAAGCACACCUCUACGUCCUACAUGAUUGCAUGUGGAUAGUGCUUGAGGAUGGACCCUUGAAAAUCCAAAUGGAGAAUCCUGAGAGGAAUCCAGCCACUCCAGAUGUGGUUCAGUACAUUUCAAAGCCCAAGGAGAAAUGGGAUGAUAGAGAUUGCAAGAAGCACAAUCUGGACAACGUCGCCAAAGUAGCCAUCUUCAAGACACUUGAUCCCAUCACCUUCUCCAAGAUCAAGCAUCUCAAGACUGCCAUGGAGAUAUGGCAAGGUCUUAGGAAGCUAUGUGAGAGAUCAGAGGACUUGAGAAAGCAGAAGAUAGAAGUCCUGCUUGAAAAGUUCAAAAGCUUCAAAAUGCUUCCCGGAGAAUCAUUUGAUAUGUUGGAUGAAAGAUUCCACAAAAUCUUGAAUGAUCUUGAAUCACUUAACCACGUUCUUUCUCCCAAAGAAAAGAAUGUAAGGUUACUGAGGUCUUUUCCAACUGAGUGGUACACUAAGGCCACAGCCAUGGAAGAUGGAAGAAACCUGGAGAACUACACAGUCCACGGUCUCCUUGAUGAGCUCAGAACCUAUGAGCAUGAGCUGAAGAAGAAGAAGGAAGAACAAGUCACUCCCUUCCCCACGGCAUUGAUGACAACUCCAAGAGUCCCACCAAGUGAAGGGACAUGCCCAAGGAACUAUGACACACCUUCCUCCAGCCAGCCGUCAAGCUCAAAAAUGGAGAAAUACGAUAAGGAAUUUGCCAUGAUGGUCAAGCAAUUCCGGAAGUUCAAGAAGUUCUUCAAGAAUGCUGACUCAGUCAGAAAGCCAUCCAAGGGAAACCCACAGGUAAGUGACUCCCCUCCUGAAUCUUAUCUGUGUUAUAACUGCAGAAAGCCUGGCCACUGGAAGUCAGCAUGCCCGUACCCUAAGGUGGAAAAGUAUGGAGAAAGAGAAAGAAACGAGAAGAAAAAGAAGGCAAUGGUUGCUGCUGAAAGUGACGAGUCAUCCAGCUCAAGCUCGGAUGAAGAAGCCCUCGUCUGCAUGGAGCGCAGAGCUGAGAAGUCCAACCAUGAGGAUAGAUGGACUAUGUCAGAAGAUGACACUCUCUGCCUAAUGGCCAAAGAUGAUGCUGAUCAAGAGGUAACUUCACAAACCUCCUGCUCAUCUUCUUAUGAAAGCAUACUGACUUCUGAAAAUCUUUUUGACCAGUUCAAAAAGAUGAUGGAAGAUUUUGAGGAAAUAAAUCUCAAACACUCAUCUUUAACAGAGGAAAACAAGCUAUUGAGUGAAGAGAAUCUCAAGUUGACUGAAGGUCGGAAAAGUCAACUAGAUGAGAUCACUCAACUCAAGACUGAAAAUGAAUCUCUCUCUGAAAAAGUGAAAUCCCUCAACAAGAAGCUAGGGAUUCUUAAGUCCAAAGAAGCAGUGGAUAAGCUUCUUGAAACGACCAAACAUAAGGGUCGUGAAGGACUUGGGUUUGACCCCUCCAGUUUUAAAAGGAAAGGGAGAACAACUUUCAUCCCUCCUAAACCUACUGCCAAACCCAAUAAGCAGAAAGGAAAGGAGAAGGAGAAACCCACAGAAAUUCCCAAAAAGCAUGAUCAUGAGGUUCUGGAUCUCUCAGACAAGGAUGAAGAAGUCAAUGAAGGAGACAGGUUGAAGCCUACGGAUUUCAUUCCAUUCGGAAGUCUACCACUGAAGACUUCACAAAAAAAUCCAGAUUCAGACAGUGCUGAGCCUACCGGAAAUCCUGGCCAACCUUCCAAUAUUCCAGAUCACUCAAACGACAAUUCCGGAAAUGGCGACCCAGUGCCAAUCCAUCCGGAAUCACCAACAAACUCUGUUCUUCAACCAGAAUCUGAACUAGAUCAACCAGUCAACCCGAAUCAACACAAUCUUCGUUGGUUAAGGGAUCAUCCUCCUCAACAAGUCAUUGGAGAUAUUCAAUCUGGUGUUCGCACAAGGAGUGCCCAACAGAAUCUAGAAGCUAUGCUUGCUUAUUCUUCAGAUUCUCUCACCCAAAUUUCUGAGAAAAUGAAGAUUUUUGGCGCUAAUGUCCAUUUCCAGAAGUUGGAAGCCAAAUGCUCUUCACCGGCAUUCUAUAAAAGCUAUCUGGAGAUGAUUGCUGCUCAAGAACUUACCGAUUUUCUUCAUAUGGAGAUUCACUCCAAAUAUGAAGAUGAAGUUCUUGAAUUCUACAGGAACAGAAAGGUCAAGACUGUCCAAUCGAAGAAGGAGCCACAAAGGACAAUUCAGAUUAUCAAGUCCACUGUUGGAGGGGCCAAAGUAAAAAUUUCACAGAGGAUAUUGGAGGAGAAGCUUCAUCUUCCCAAUACUGGAAGUGAAAUUGGGAAACUUCCAGCCAAGAAUCUGGAUUGGAAGAUUAUUGGGAUUUCUGGGCAAAUCCCCUCUGGCCCAGCGAAGAAAGCAGACAUGAACAACGACUACAAAUUAGUCCUGGAGCUAGUCAUCGCAUGCCUUGAAUGUGGAAGUGGAGGACAUGUUGAUGACAUCACUCAAGAGAGGGCCUUCAUCAUCAACGCCCUCAUUACCAAAUCUAAGGUAAAUUGGGCUGCACAUUUCUUCAAUUCCAUUUCCAAGCACUUAGGAAAGCCCAAACAGAAAUACCUGUGUCAAGGACUGUACCUUGGGUACAUCUUGGAGUCCAUGGGUGUUGCCUCUGAAGGCAAGAAAUAUGAAGCCAGAUAUUGGCUUUACUACCUAUCUUCCAAAGGAGAAAACAAAGUCAGUUCAACUACAGAAGAAAGUUCUUCAGACAAUGUCCUUAUCAUGAGUCUGAAGAAGUCAGUAAAGAGGAAGCAAGUAGUGUCUCCCUCUCCCAGUGCUGAAGCACCACAUAAUCUAGCAUUGGUGAAUCUAGAAGAACAAGAAGAAGAAGUUUUUGCACAUGGAGAACUUCAAAGGAAGAAGAAAAGGAAAAUUACUUCUCCCUCCACAUCUGGAAAUGUCAACCCGGAUGAGUUGAUUGGAAAAGAACCAGUUGAGGAAACUUCCGCCCACAACCAGAUCCCUCAACAACUUGAUGAAGAAAUUCCCCAAGUUCAGAGUUCUCCAACUCCCUCACUACAAGCUCAAACUGAUGAUGCAGAGAGCCAAUUCAUGCAGAUCUAUUAUGACUGGAGAGCUUGGAAGGUUGGUAACUCAGCAGAGCAGUUGUUGGGAUGGGACCAACAACUGAAAAAUGAAAAGAUCAUCAAAAGAUGCUUGGGUCUGCCAGUCAACUAUUGUUGUGAGCAAAUCCUGGAUGUUGACUUGGUAUGGCAAAGGAACUAUGAAGAUUUGCAUCUGGAAUACUUGGUCACCUCACCAGUUUUAGAAUUUGAGGCCGACGAUGAAGAUCCUUCAGUCUACAGGCCAAUCUUCUCAAAGGCCACAGAAGAUCAGAUGGUUGUUACCACAGAAGCACAGGCCAAUAUGGAAGCCACAGCAGAGGAUUUCGAAGUUUUCCUGGAAACCUCCACUGCCCAUGAAACUGUUUUGCCUGAAGCUGCCCAGGAGAAUGCAGCUUCCCCUCAACAAGAACAGCACCAGGAAGCCUCAGAGGAAAAACUUCUUCAACUCCUCCAAUCUCAAGUUCAAGAGAUUCUCACAACUCCUUGUGAGAUCUCCAAACAGCCUGAACUUGAGAUUCCGGAGAAGUCAGAAGAAAAUCUGGAGAAGUCCACUCCUCCAGAAACAAAUGAAGCCCUUCAGGAAGUCCAAGCUGCAGAAGUCCAGAGGAGUUCUGCAGAAGCAGAAAAGGAAGCUCAAAUGGAAGAAGAGUCUGAAAGGACAUUGAAGAUUGAUGAUGAAGAAGCUGAGCAAGGAGAUGCUGAAUCCCCCCUGCAACUCUUCCACAAAGCACCUUCUUCACAUCAGGUAACUAACUUCCACUUUCACAGCUCUUCCACACCAACUCUUCCGGAUGAGGUACCGGAAACCUGGACAAGAAAGGUCCAAGGGUUGAUUGAAUCAGCCCUAGAGUCUCAGCAUGCCUCCUUUAGGCAAGAGAUAGAGCAGAUGGAAGCCAGGUACAACAAGCUGAUGGAGAAAUCUGAAGAGAAACAUUGCUCAGAUCUCAAGGAGAUAAGCAAAUCAGUGAACAAGACUCUAGAGAUCAUUUCUCUAUUGAGUAACUCUGUGAGCGACACAAUGGAGACAUAUGCAUCUGACAGUUAUCUUCAACUCAAGGAGGUUAACAAAAUCAAAGAGCAAAUAGCAAGUGUUACAGUGAGUCUACAGAAGCAAGUGUCCUUUCUCCAGAUGGACAUUAGGUUAGCCCUGGCAGUGUCUUCAGCAAAUCAAGUAGUAACCAAAGACUACUUGAAGGUCAUUAUUGACAAUCAGAAGGAAGCAUUCAGGCUAUUCAGGCAUUUUGGGCAUUCUGGAAAUCGCAAGAUAGAUGUAAUUGUCCAACACAAUAGUCCAUCCUUGAUUCCAGAACUCCCAAUUGAAGUCAAGGAAGGAGAACUCACCUACAUUCCUUCACACUUGAACAUGAAGGAUUUGAUCCUGGAAGCUCAGAGGAACAAUCCGGAGAACUCAGCACAAUAUCUGUCUAGCUCAGGUCUAGAUGGAACAGAGGCUGUAGGAACCAUUGUCUCCCACUUCUCAAAUGAUGACCACACAAAGGAGAGAUACCACAACCUCAGGCGCAUUAGAGAAUAGUGUGGAAACAUGCAAGGCAUUGAGUCAAAAUCAUGAUUUCAACCUUUAGAGGCUAAGUCCAUGAAAUGUUUUAGACGGAAGAAUUUGAUUCGAAAUUAGGAAUUAAGUAAAGGUUGAAGCGAGAU